AUGGGAAAUUAGUGUGGUUGUGUUGUAGAUAAAAAUGUUGAAAAUUAAACUUAAAUUGAAUCUGAAAAACACAUUUCAGAUAAAAAACAUAUAUAUAUUGUAUAAGAUUAAUCAGAAAAAUCUCUUGGUUAAAACUUCGAAAAAAGAGAAAAAAGACCUGCUUAUACAUUUAAGAGUUAAGCCGUUUAUGACGGAGAAUGGAAAGGUAAUAUGAGAGACGGAUACGGUGUAUAGAAAUGGAUAGAUGGUGCAAAAUAUGAAGGAGAAUGGGUAAAUAAUAAAGCCUGCGGAAAAGGAAAAUUUUAUCAUGUAGAUGGUGAUAUAUUUGAAGGUUAAUGGGAAAAUGAUAAAGCGAAUGGAUAUGGAAUAUAUUAUCAUACAAACGGGGCUAAAUAUCAAGGAGAAUGGAAAAACGAUUUAUAGCAUGGAAAUGGAAUAGAAACAUGGAAUGACGGGUCUAUUUUUGAAGGAACUUAUGAAUUUGGGAAAAACAAGGGAAAGGAAUAUAUAAAUGGGCUGAUGGGUAUUUUAUAUCCAUUAAAUUAAUUAUAUUUUUAUUUAGAUCUUAUUAUGAUGGGAUAUGGAAUAAUAAUAAAAUAAGUGGAUUUGUAUUUUUUUAAAAAGAGAAUAAUAAUUUAAUAUAAUUAAAAAAAAAGGGAACUUAUUAAUGGUAAGAUGGAAGAUAAUAUAAAGGAGAAUGGCUUGAUAAUAAAAUGCAUGGAAAAGGUAUUUAUUCUUGGAAAGAUGGAAGAAAAUAUGAAGGUGAUUAUUUAAAUGAUAAAAAAAAUGGACAUGGUGUCUAUAAAUGGGCUGAUGGUAGAUUAUAUGAUGGAGAAUGGAAAAAUGGAAAAUAACAUGGAUAAGGAAAAUAUUAUUUAACUGAUGGAACUUUUAUGCUUGGAAUAUGGGAAAAUGGUAAAAGAAUUAAAUGGUUAGAUGAUAAUAAUUAAGAAGAAAUAAUAGUCAAAAACUAAUAUUAAUAUACUAAUUAAUAUAAUAUUAGUUGA